GCGUCCCCGCCGGCCCUGCCGACGUGGCGGGGCGGAACCCGCCGGGCGCUCCCGCGCGCACUCGGCAGCCGGAGUGAUAUUAAAAUGUCUGACGAUGCUGGUGACACCUCAGCCAUUAGAGACAAAGCAGAAAUUGCCAAGAUGCCCGAGAGUGAGUUUUCACCCAAAGACACAGAAGCGCGCUGUGAUUCAGCUAUGAUUUCAAAUGAGCCAACAGCAGCUGACGCCAGAGGAGAUGGGCAUGAAAAUGCCACCGUCCAGGGUGCAGAGACUACUGACACUGGGCAUCUUGAGCAGCGCCAACACACCAGCACCACGGAGCCCCACCUCAAUGGAGAAGUGACUGAGGAUGCACUUGCUGAAUGCAUCGACUCCGUCAGCCUCGAGGCAGAACUUGGAUCUGAAAUACCCCUGAAAGAACAGACUAAUCCGGUAGGUGUGGUUCAUUCGACUCAGUUCAACCUAAGUUCUUACUGAUACCUGUCAUGGGCA